UAAUUUUAUCUGGCCUGUUUUUUAGGUAGCCUCAAAAGGCAUCAGGAUUUUGAACAAUCAAGUUUUGUUGCCCACAGAGGAGUGGCCAUGGCAGUUCUGGUUAACAGAACCUUUAAUCUGGGUCAGGAGCUCCUUUCCCUCUCCCAGUUGCCUCUCCUGGAUCUUGUCCCUCUCCCUGCAGGCUCCAGGCAAAGCUCCCCAGGUUCCCAGGCACAAUUUGGGUUGUGGGAAGCCCAGACCAGCCUGUGGAGUCCCAGAAAAGCAGAAUUCCUGCCCAAGUAGGGCUUUCAACAUCUCACUGACACAGAGAAAAUGCUCAUCCCAAAGCUUGUUUUUCCAGGCAGAUUCCUCACCUGUUAGGAAAUGGUUUCUCCCUCAAGGUUUGCCAGAUUUUCACUUCACCCCAAGGUUUUUCUGCCCAUAAAACUCUGGUUUCAUCCAUGAAUUGUCAGCUUGGACAGGAAGGAGGAUCCUGGGGAAGGACCCACACUGACCAUGCAAAUUGGAGUGAAAACAGAUCCAGGGAUUUGCAUUUAAGCAAAUCCCAAACGAGGUAUGGUGCUGGAGACAUCCCUAAAUUCUAGAAAAUCCAUUUCCGCCAGGCUCAGCUGGAAGUUUCCCAGGGAAUUAUGAGCACAGGCUUCACUCUGCUCUGGGAAGCUCAUGAGGGACAGAUCUUCCCCAAAUUCCUGCAGGAUCCAGGAGCUGGGACUCAGCAGCAGCACCAACAAUGGAAACAGUCCCCGCAGAUUUCGGCAAACGCGUGUACCAAGGGGUGCGAGUGAAGCACACGGUCAAGGAUCUCCUGGCUGAGAAGCGAUCGCGGCAGAGCAGCGGCUCCCGCUUCAGCGGCAGCACCAGCACAGCACAGUCACCCUUUGGCCAAAUGCCAGGCUCACCCACCACUCCCGGUUACUUCGGCGUCCGCAGACCCUUCCCAGCCGAGCUGGAUUUCCACAGCACCAAGCAGUUUGUCAGUGAUGUCUACUCCUCCUCCUCCCCUCUCAGCUCCAAGCCCUUCUCCUGUGACUCCUCUGCCCCCCAGGGGUACCCAGCCCUCCUGGAGCCCUAUCUCAGCGAGCAGUUUGGGGAUCACCGUGCUCCUCCUCUCCCAGCUGCCACCAGCUCCUUCUUCAGCCCUGCAGCUGUGCCCCCUCUCCUGCCAUCCUUCCCCAGCGACACUGGGCACCUCCUGCUCAGAGAGCCCUGGGAGCAGAGCUCCCCUGAGAGCCUCAGCCAGGCUGACAGUGCGUGCCCAGACCCUCUGCAGGCGCUCCCUGCCAGCUCCAGCUGCCUCUCCCUGCCUGAACCCGGAGGUGUUUCCCCGUUCCGAGGCCCAGCUUGGAGCCCAGCCAUCCCUGGAGCCCAGCCCUACCCUCUGCACCCCCUGGAAGACGCCCACUACUCGCCCAGCUACGCUGCCAGCUCGCCCUACGGCUUGUCCCCGUUCCUGGCCGUGGCCAGUGACCCCUCCAGGAUGAGCCAGCAGUGCCUGGAGCAGCCCUCGGAGCCAGCAGCCCUCCCUGAGCACUCUGCCUGGGCUAAGGAGGAUGGAAGUGCCCUCUGGGGGACUUAUGAGGGGAGGAGAACUUACUGAGGAGAGAGAAGAGCUGGAGGAAAGAGAAACAAAGCAAAAUUUCGUGCUCCUUCCCAAAAGUGCUCGUUCCAACGUGAUGCUCUGUGCUCUGGUUAGAAAUACAAUGGUUGGACACAGCACAUUUAGCUCAGCUGCUGCCUUCUAGUGCCUCGUGGGAGGAAUUCCUCCCAGCCCCACUGUGCCACCAGUAAAACAGCCUGAAAACCGCCUGUGCUCUGCAGGAUUUUCCUGCCAGCAGGGAUCCCUUCUCAGAGAGCUCUUCCAUCCUCAGUGGGGUUCUGUAGGGUGUGGGCACUGCCCUGCCGACCCCACAGCACCAACCCCCCUCCCCAACAUCCCUUUUGCCCCAAUGAACGGCACAGCCGCUCCUUCCCCGCCUGGUGGGCACUGGCUGACCCGGGAGCACCCAGGUGUGCUGGCAGAGGAACAGGAGCCCUGGGGACACUCCGGGGCCCGUGGCCACUAGAGGUAGCUCUGCACACACGAACGCAGCGAGCUGAGCCCUCCCCGAGCCAGCACAUCCCAUCCCUGCCAUCCCCAGCUCGCCCCGAGCCUGGCAAGAGGCUCUGGAGCAUUCCAGCCCCUGGGAACGGGGAGGGAUGAGGAGCUUUAAAUCCCUCCUUGCCUUUUCUCCUCAAAUCCUGGGGCAUUUGAAGCCUUCACAACCAGUGGCAGGUGUGGGGGCCCCUGGGGUGGCCAGAGCAGUCCCCCCAUCACCUCUGGGUGUGUGUCCCACAUCCAGCUUGAGCCUUGCUCCACUCCACAGCUGAAUGCCAGUGGCCACCUCAGCUG